AGCUUAUUCAUCAAACCAUAGAGUGCUUAUCAACAUAAUACUAGUGUUGUAGUGAUAUCAUGGCUUUUACGUUAGGACAUGCAUUUUCUCAUAUAUUCAUCUUUGUAUGUUUGCUCUCAAUAUUCCUAGGAACCCCUUCCUUUUGUUUUAAACCCAAAAACCUUGUUAGUGUUACUUCCAACUUCUCAUCUGAUUCAGGUUGGGCAUCUACUAUGGCUACUUGGUAUGGGCCUCCGGAAGGUUAUGGAAGUGAUGGUGGUGCUUGUGGAUAUGGAAAAGCUGUUGGCCAACCUCCAUACAACUCAAUGAUAUCAGCCGGAAACCCUGUCAUUUACCAAUCAGGAAAAGGCUGUGGUUCAUGUUAUCAUGUGAAGUGCACAGGGAAUUCUGCUUGCUCAGGCAACCCUGUUAGGGUACUUAUCACUGAUGAGUGUCCUGGUUGUGAACAUUAUUUUGACUUGAGUGGCAAAGCUUUCGGUUCCAUGGCAAUUGCAGGUCAAGCUAACAACUUACGCAAUGCUGGAAAAGUGUCCAUUCAAUAUGAAAAGUGUUAAAACUUACCGAGCAACCAAAUGUUUUUAUUAAACCUUCUAUAUGUUUUUAUUUGAACUACUAGUUAUAGUGAUAUGUAUCCACCUCAAUCAAGUUCCUCUAAGUGGAUUUUAGAUUGUAUUAUGGAAUCAAUUAAUAAUGCAGUCAUUUAUAACUUA